GGUGGUGGUGCAUAGAUUGCAGUGGUGCCUCAACAGGAGAUUUGUGAAGAGCUUGGAUUCUGAUAGGGAUUACACACACACACACACACACACACACACACACACACACACACACACACAGAGAGAGAGAGAGAGAGAGAGAGAGAGAGAGAGAGAGAGAGAGAGACAGACAGACAGACAGACAGACAGACAGAGGAAUAAUCGGACUGUGGAUCAUGGCUCCUCCCGGGCUGAAAGCAAUUGUCGGAGAAAAAAUUAUGAACGAUGUCAUCAAGAAGGUGAAAACUAAAGGAGAAUGGAAGGUGCUGGUGGUAGAUAAACUGAGCAUGAGAAUGGUGUCAUCCUGCUGCAAAAUGACAGAUAUUUUGUCUGAAGGAAUUACAAUUGUUGAGGACAUCGCUAAACGGCGUGAACCUCUUCCCACUAUGGAGGCCAUUUAUCUUUUAACCCCUUCUGAUGAGUCUGUGGAGGGACUCAUUAAUGAUUUCAGAGAUCCCCGUGCCCCAUCAUACAGAGGAGCUCAUGUCUUCUUCACAGAUGCAAUCCCAGACUCUUUGUUCAGCCUCCUCACCAAAUCCCGAGCAGCCAAAGUGAUAAAGACUCUGACUGAGAUUAACGUCGCCUUCCUGCCCUAUGAGUCACAGGUGUUCUCUGUGGACAGAGUCAAUGCCUUUCAGGACUUUUACAGCCCUUAUAAAGCAGAUGUGAAAGACCAGAUGCUGGAGCGCUUGGCUGAGCAGAUCGCCACCCUCUGUGCCACCCUGAAAGAAUAUCCAGCUGUCCGAUACAGAGGAGAGUAUAAAGACAGCGCCAUUCUGGCUCAGAUGCUGCAGGACAAACUGGAUGGCUACAAAGCUGAUGAUCCCACUAUGGGUGAGGGACCAGAUAAAGCCCGCUCUCAGCUUCUGAUUCUGGACAGAGGAUUUGAUCCUGUCUCUCCAGUGUUACACGAGCUCACCUUCCAGGCCAUGGCCUAUGACCUGCUGCCCAUCGAAAAUGAUGUCUACAAAUAUGAGACAUCUGGAAUGGGAGACACUCGUAUGAAGGAAGUGUUGCUUGAUGAAGAUGAUGACCUGUGGGUCACGCUCAGGCACAAACACAUCGCUGAAGUCUCCACGGCUGUGACAAAAUCGCUAAAGGACUUCUCUUCUAGUAAAAAGAUGAACACCGGAGAGAAGACCACCCUAAAGGAGCUGAGCCAGAUGCUGAAGAAGAUGCCGCAGUAUCAGAAAGAACUGAGCAAGUACUCUACUCACCUGCACUUGGCAGAAGACUGUAUGAAGCAGUACCAGGGCACAGUAGACAAACUCUGCCGCGUGGAGCAGGACUUGGCCAUGGGUGCAGACGCAGAAGGAGAGAAGCUCAAAGAUCCAAUGAGAGCGAUCGUGCCAAUCCUCCUGGACUCUAACAUCACCAUCUUCGACAAGAUCCGUAUCAUUCUCCUCUACAUCUUCCUCAAAAAUGGUGUAACUGAGGAGAACCUUUGUAAACUUCUGCAGCAUGCGCAGAUCCCUCCAGAGGACAGCGACAUCAUCUCGAACAUGGCUCAUUUGGGAGUGCCAGUCAUCUCGGAACAAUCCACAACACGGAAGAAGAAAGCUGAUCGUAAGGAAAGAAUCAGCGAACAGACCUACCAGCUCUCCAGAUGGACUCCUCUGGUGAAAGACAUCAUGGAGGAUGCUAUUGAAGACAAACUGGAUCCGAAGCAAUAUCCAUACAUCUCUACACGUACAGCCUCGUGCAAAACCACAACCGCUACCAGUGCACGGUAUGGAAACUGGCACAAGAAUAAAAGCCCAGGAGAAAUGCGAACAGGUCCUCGGGUCCUCGUCUUCAUCAUCGGGGGCGUGACCUACAGUGAAAUGCGCUGUGCCUAUGAGGUCACACAGGCCAAUGGCAAAUGGGAGGCUCUGAUUGGUUCUACACACAUCAUCACCCCCAAUAAUUAUUUAAAGGAGUUGCAGCACCCAGACUUCCUGGACCCUAACGCAGCUCCAGAGGACCAGGUCACUGCUGAAGACUGAGAUAUUUUGCAAGCUACACUACAUCCUUAGAAGCAGUUAGCCCCUUGAUCCUUUAUUAGACCUUAUCAACUGAUAUGGAGCUGGUGCAUAAUUUUGUCCAAAAGAAAAAAGAAAAGCACAAAGGUCCCCCCCCCCCCCCCAUCACAUUCCAGUGAUGUUCAAGAUCAUCCAUAAAUCCAUUUUCUAUACCGCUUAUCCUACACAGUUUCACGGGGAGCCUGGAGCCUAUCCCAGGGAGCUCCGGGCACAAGGUGGGGGGGGGUUCAAGGUCACUUAAUGAGAAAUCCAAUGUAGCGCCAGAAUGCAAGUCAGACAGACUAAAGGAAUUAAGUAUUGCUGCUCUUAAGAUAGAGAUCCAGCAAGGGUGAAUCCUGCGCUCCAUUUACAGGAAUUUGGAAUGGUGUAAUUCUGUGCAUUCGAGCUACAAAGUGGGAAAGAGACAGAGAAAUCUCUGUUGUUUGGCUUUUCUUAACAUCAAUGUAAUCAGCUAAUUAUAUAUAUUUACCUCAUCAAAACAGCUAAUUGUUUGGUCAGUGUGACAAAUAUAACUCAAAUAUAAGCAAAUAUAUCUGUAUGUCGAUUAAUCUAAGGCAAAUACUUGUAUAUAUAGUAUAAUUCAUUGCAGUUUUUUUUUUUAAAGUGCUAUUUUGUUUACUGUUGAUGCUGUGAGCAGCCAUGGUGAUACGAUGUCAUGUCAUGCCCUGAACUCGGGGUUGAGGAGACCAUCCCGUGUUUCUGAGAACUAACUUGGAGUUAAAAAUUCCAAGAGGUUUAGUUGAACGCAACAAUCAUCCCAAUGCACCACUAUUAGAACGUUGUUAAACGGCAUUGUGGGUAAUGUAAGAAACAAUUAGCCAAAAAGUUGUAAAAGCCAGCUCAGAAUUGCAUUAAAUAAAUCAUGGACAGACGUCAUUCAGGGUGGAUUUUCUUCUUCUUCCUCCAGCACUAUGUCAGUGAGAAAGAGGUAUAAAUGUCCAACUCAGAGACACACUCCCUUCUGGGGACAUAAAUAAUAUUUCAAUUUCAUUUAUGUUCGCUAAAAAGUUUCACAGUCAUUCCAGUUUAGAAUGCAGUACUAUGGUGAUUUAUUUUUUUUCAUAGCUUGUGUAGAUUUUCUGUAAGAACAUCUAUUCUAUCACCAUCUAUAAGAGAGAUGUAUUCCUGCUGCUUCUGAUGAUCAGGUCUCCAGCAGACUUUAAUUAAAAACCCUGUGUUUAUAGAUACAGAGCUGCAGAAACGUGUACACUCUCGCUUGAUAUCUGACAUUUAUUAAAUAGAUCUGUAAUAUGGCUGUGUAUUAAAAAAAGCUCUCAAAGGCAAAUUGGACAGUGUAGAUCUGCCACUCAAUGUUUUUCAUACACUUACAUAACUUGUCACGUAGGGUGAAUCAAUACUACCUCCACUUUAAUCUCGAUAUAACAAUUCAGCUAAAUAUAUCCGUGUGAUGAGGUGAGCAAUCGUGCAUCAGCUGAGUUACUGUGUAGAUGAGGAACAUGAGUAGAUGUCUAGCAUUGUUGAAUUAUAUAAUUGAUAGAAUAGUUUUGAAUUCAAUUGGUGAAUUUUGGGUCUGUACAUGAUCCAGUAUAUGAGGAAAAACACCUAAAAUAUGAAUAAAUUAAAUAAAAACAAUUUGGAAUUAUAUAGGAAAUUGUUCUGUUUUUUUAGUAUGUAUUAACAGAAUUAUUUUAUAGUUAUUUGUUAUCAUGCAUUUCUUGGGAUACACUUUUAGUUCACCUUCAGGUUAAAUCUUCAGGUUCAUUGAUUGUGAGUUUGAAUACAUUUUUUUUCUGUGGUCUCCAGUACCUGUCUUGUAUAUUUUGUGACAGUGUUAAAUGAUGUGAUGCAUUGUGUUUCUAUGUCCAUCUCAAUUCUUACAUUUAACACAUUAUUAAUCUUCCGUGAUGGUGUUUGUUGAAAGUUUGUUUCUUAUUUGCUCUAGUUUAUUUCUCUUCCUCAAACAUCUGUCACAUGAUCUGCUUUCCCUUUUGUUGAUAUUGUCGUUAUUUAUUCAACCCAAGAAAAGGAAUGGAAAUGAUUAUUAUCUGUACACAAAGGCAGUGAGAGAAAUAUCUUCUCAAAGCAAUGUGAAACAGAUGUCUAAUAAAAAUGUGUGUUUGUGUGUA